AGAUAAUGAGGCCUGAUGUUGUUCAUACAAUCAUCCCAGUAAGCCAAUAAGGCAAUACUCUCGCUCUCUCUCUGUCUGUGCUAAACCCCGCAAAAUAGCAACAACUUUUUAGCAAUCUUCAUCCUUUUGUUCAUCGUUCACCACCAUUUCCAAAGAACUCCAAUUUGUAAGCCAAGCAAAAAGAUGGAGAAUUUAUCCCUAGUUUCAUCAAAACCAGUAACGGGUUUAACCUAUUCCCCAAAUUACAGAACCCUUUCUACUAAACAAUGCUUUGGCCUCCCUCUUCUUCCCCCAAAACCAAUUGGGUAUCUCUUAGCCUCAAAACCCAGAUCAAAAACUGUCCUUUUUGCCUUCUCCAGCCCAAAUUCCAGGAGAAAAUCUUCUAAUUAUGGGAAGAAAGAUAAUGGGGCUGAGCUAUUUGCAAGCACUUCUGCUACUGCUCAAGAGACAACUACUUCUGUGGGUGUUAAUCCACAGCCUUAUGCUCCACCUCCUUCUUCCCAAAUUGGGUCACCUUUGUUCUGGAUUGGAGUUGGUGUUGGUGUUUCUGCACUUUUCUCCUUUGUUUCAUCAUGGAUGAAGAAAAAAGCAAUGCAAGUAGCUGUCAGUACAAUGAUGGGUCAGAUGGGCCCGAAAGAUAAUCAAUUUAGUAACGCGGGCUUUUCAACUGGCUUACCUUUCCCAUUUCCACCUCCACCUACAUCAGGCCCUAGUAGUUCUGGAUUUCCCUACCAACAACCAUCUACUUUCUCUUCUGCACCGAACCGGGCUACCACUCCUUCUCCCGCUGCUUCUGGUGCCACUGUGACAGUUGAUGCUUCUGCAACUGAAACAGAAUCCUUAAGGCCUGCAGUUGUUAAAGAUGAAGCCGAAACUAAGGCUGAAGCUAAAAGAUCUGCAUUUGUAGAUGUCUCUCCUGAAGAAACUUUCCAAAAUACUGCAUUUGAAAACUAUAAUGACUCAUCUUCGGCAACGUCAUCCGAGAAUGCAAAAUUUGCUGAGGUAGUACAAGAUGGAGCUACUUCAAAAGAAAGUACUUCAGAGCAAGCUCAAUCUACACGAAAUAACGGUUCUUUGCUAUCCGUGGACACUUUGGAGAAAAUGAUGGAAGAUCCGACUGUGCAGCAGAUGGUUUUUCCACAUUUGCCUGAAGAGAUGAGGGAUCCAGCUACCUUUAAGUGGAUGCUACAAAAUCCAGUAUAUCGUCAGCAGCUGCAAGAAAUGCUGGACAACAUGGGGGGAAGCCCGGAUUGGGACAACCGUAUGGUUGAUAAUCUAAAAAACUUUGAUUUGAAUAGUCCUGAAGUUAAGCAGCAGUUUGACCAAAUCGGCCUUACACCUGAAGAAGUUAUCUCAAAAAUCAUGGCUAAUCCUGAUAUUGCAAUGGCGUUCCAGAAUCCCAGAGUUCAACAAGCCAUUAUGGAUGUUUCACAGAACCCCUUGAAUAUCGUCAAAUAUCAAAACGAUAAUGAGGUUAUGGAUGUCUUCAACAAAAUACAACAGCUCUUCCCAGGGACUGCAGGUCCGUUCUGAUGGGUUUGCAUGGAAAUUUGUACUCUUUGUUAUUGGAAGAUAGAAUGCGAGUUCUGCAUAAAUGGGCGCAACACCACAGUACUGAAGUCCUUGAUAUAUGAUCAACAAUAUGACUCGAUGUCAAUUAUCUAAGGAUGUCGCUCGAGGAUUCUAUCCAGCCCUGUGCAAAUUUUUGGUAAAUGUGAGGUAGUUUUUUAUGUCUUUGGGCUAUGAAUAUGUAGAAGUUGACAGGUCUUGUGAUUUUUUUUUAUUAUUAUGCAGCGAUGGAUGAAUUAGUGCACAAGUACCAGAUUAGCAGUAAUUAUUUUUCUGAAACUUGUAAAGAACAUUCCUGCAUGAUGGUGGUGAAAUCACUACAAACAGUUAGGUUUUUUUUUA